CUCGCCUUCACCAUGCUGCAAAGGACUCGAAUCUCCAAAGGCAACUCCAUCUUCUGGGGGAACGCCAGCCUGGGUGGGCAGCUCAGCCACGUCCUGGAGGGGUUCAAUGUCACCCAGGUGCUGCCGCUGGAGCCCCCGGACGCCUGGGCCAGGCGGCAGCCGGAGGUGCCCACCUACCUCUUUACCCCAGCUCUGCGUUUCUCACCCCAGCCCUCGGGGAGCACUUUCUCACCCCCGGGUCCCUGGCACACGCAGAGCCUGCGCUGCCACCUAGGCUGCCGCCUCUACCCCGACGGCUCGGCUCACAGCUUCUACGAGAUGACCCUCAACGGGACGUCCUUCCUCAGCUUCCACGUCCCCAACGCCACCUGGGAGCGGCGCUGGCCCCGCGCCCACGAGGUGGCCGCCUUCGCUGAGAAGGAGCUGAUGAAAUACCCCGAGACCACCCGGCACCUCCAGCAUUUCCUCGACACCACCUGCGUGGGCAUCCUGAGGGCUCAGAGCGCCUGGACGGGAGAACGGAGCGGCCGCUCGCACGCCCCGCUGGUGGUGGGGCUGGUCCUGGGCACCUUUGCCCUGCUGGGCACGGCCGUGGGGAUCUUCUUGUGCACGGGAGGGAGCUGCUAG